AUGAAGUCCGCCUUCUUCAUGGCGGCCAUCAUGGCCGCUAUACGCACCUCAGUAGCCCAAACGACGACCUCAGAAGUCGGAGAAACGGUAACUUCGGCUCCUACGACGUCUCCGUCCUCAACAACUCGCGGACCUGUCACCACCACGGUCAGCGUAGGUGUAAACCACAAGUUCAUACCCGAUACUGUAUCAGCACUUCCAGGCGAUACAAUUAAAUUUGAGUUCUUCCCAUCAAACCACUCAGUCGUUAAGGCUGCCUACAAAUAUCCAUGUGUCCCCUAUGACUACAUCGAACCUGGAGAGCCCACCUUCUUCAGUGGGCCCGAACUAUCGAACGCUGGUGACCCGCACCCAACUUGGCUGCUUGAAGUCAAUAGUACAGAGCCGACAUUCUUCUACUGUUCCGCACCCGGUUCUUGUCAAGAUUGGGCAAUGGUCGGAGUGAUAAAUCCUAACGAAAGCUUCAGUCUUGAUGUCCAAAAGGAAUUUCAGAAGAACGUCACUUUCCAACUAAGUCCGGGUGAGCCUUGGCCUGCGGAGGCACCGAGACCAACCACCACAGGAUCUGGGACGACGCCGUCCGAGACUGGGUCAGGCGGAAACAAUGGUUCCGGGGGUUCUGGGGGUACUUCGCUGUCCGGCGGCGCGAUUGCUGGAAUCGCCAUUGGUGGAGCAGCGGUUCUUAUUAUCGUGGUGGCUUUGAUUUGGUUCUGCGGCCGCAAGGGAGGAAUCGAGAAGGGAUAUCGCAAGAGCACGGUGAUGCAACCGUCCACACCAGGAAUGGUUGAGGCACACUAUCCCAACGAUCCGAAGAGCCCACCGCCACCGAGCUUCAGAGACUCACCGUACGGCAUGCAAUCUGCCGAAGCAUUCCGGUCUACUAGUCCGCAACAAUGGUCACAGACGGGCAGCCCGCACGCCUCCUACAGGGGAUACCCGAGUCCUGGCCUUGGCAGUCCGCAGCCAUGGCAGGAGGUGCACCCGCAGCACACUGGACAGAGUGGAUACUCUGACCAUCCGAAACCGCCUACUGAAGCGCCGGUAGAACUUCCAGGACACCCUACUUCACCACCGGCGGAGCGCCACGAGUUUCCAGGUUAA